AUGAACAAAUGUAUCCUCGUGUGUGUCAUCUUCGUCAUAGGCAAAGUGGCUUCAGAUCCCUGUACAACGUACGAGAAUUUCACAGCCGACUCUACACGAUCGCCUAGUCACAUUGAGUCUGUUUACAGCAACAAGAACUGUGAUAGUGUCCUGACCACUAAGUGGUACAGAUUGGUAGGGGAUGCAGGGACUGAUCUGACCAAUGAUAGUGAUCUUCUAGUCACUGACGGAUGCGGAACAAGUUACCAGCUAUGGGUGAAUGGUUCUGGUCUUGUUCAAUCUGAUGACUGUCCCGAUCCAACCACUACACAAUCAUCCACAUCAGUAGGAACAACCACAACGACUUCCAUAGGAACAACCACUACCACAGGAACAACAACUACUACAACAGGAACAACCUCAACCACAACAACAGGAACAACCACAAAAACAGGAACAACCACACCAACAGGAACAACCACUACACAAACAACAACCACAACAACAGGAACAACCACUACACAAACAACAACCACAAGUGAUGAUGUAACUUCUGAAAAAGGCAACAAUCUGACGCAUCUGACAAUCGUGAACAACGCUAGAUCUAACCUCAUCACUAUCGUAGUUCUGUCGGUAAUCAGCGGCGUAGUUUUGGUGACAGGAAUUGUGCUAUACAAAUAUAAAAAGUGUAGUAAGGUAGCCACCGACCAAUGUUCGAUGUAUUCCACUCCAAUUUGGUACCGGCCAGAGGAACACGUAUACAUGGACUUGGGUCAUAUAGAUGGCACGAUGGAGAAAGGUGGGAUUAAUUCCAAGUCAUCGGCAUCUACCGGACAUAUGUAA